AUGUCACCAGCAAGCCCAAAGUCAGAUCCCAUCGACCUGGAAUUCGAAGGCUUAACUUUAGCCGACGUGACCCCCAAACUCGACAAAUGGUGGUUCCAGUAUCCAUCACUACUAGAAUUGAACAUCCUCCUCCUUUGCGCGUUCCUGGCUCAAUUCACUUGCGGAUUCGAUGGAAGUAUGUUGAAUGGCAUGCAGUCCUUGCCUACAUGGAAAGCGAUGUUUGGCGACCCGAGCGGCGCCAGGCUAGGCACCAUGGUCAAUGCAAUCAACAUCGGUGUCCUAAUCUCUACGCUCUUCUCCUCUCAACUGUGUGAGAUGCUCGGACGCAAGAAACCAAUCACAAUAGGCACCGCUCUGAUCACUUUUGGCUCUGCUCUUCAGGCUGGUGCACAGAACCUGGGAAUGUUCAUUGCCGGACGCCUGAUUAUCGGAUUGGGAACUGGGAUUGUGGCAGUUGCCGCGCCGCAGCUGAUGACCGAGGUUGCCUAUCCUACUCAUCGUGGGAAGAUCGUGUCGCUGUACAUGACGCAGUGGGUUGUGGGCUAUUUAGUUGCUGCUUGGACCACCUAUGGCACGCAAGUAAUGAGUUCUUCAUGGAGCUGGCGACUCCCCAGUCUCCUGCAGGGCGUUCCCUCUGUGCUGCAGCUCUUGCUCAGUCUCUUCGUCCCUGAAUCCCCUCGCUGGCUCGUCUUCAAAGACCGGCACGAGGAGGCCCACAAAAUCCUUGCCAAGUAUCAUGCCAGCGGCGAUUCUUCGUCACGCUUAGUCCGCUUCGAAAUGCUGGAAAUCCAAGCCACACUUAGCGAAGAAAAGAAACAAAAGGCAAUACAAUGGGGAGAAUUCAUCCGAACGCCCGGAAACCGAAAACGACUCUGGAUCCUAUUGUUCAUCGGCUAUGCCGCGCAAUUAUCCGGUCUCGGUCUGACGGGUUACUACCUUUCCAAGAUCUUGGAUAGCAUCGACAUCACCAACCCCAAAACCCAACUACUGAUCAACGCCAUCGCCGCAAUCUGGCAGCUCUGCUGCUCCGUGUUCUUCGCCAUGCUGAUCGACCGUCUCGGUAGACGUGGAUCUAUCACAUUCGGCAUCACUGUUAUGCUCGUCGUCUUUGUCGUCUGGACUAUCUGCUCCGCCCUCAACGAACAACGAAACUUCUCGGAUCACUCCUUAGCCAUAGCCGUGGUAGCCAUGAUAUUCCUUUUCCAAGUCGGUUACCAGCCAUUCGCGAUUGCCACGGUGCCGUACGUCGUGGAAUGUUCACUCUUCUCUCUGAGGUCCAAGACAGCUAUGAUCUUCCAGUUUUGCGGUUAUACGGCUAGCUUUUUCACGGGGUAUGUCAAUCCAAUUGCCAUGGACAGUAUUGGCUGGCGGUAUUACAUUGUUGCGUGCGUCGUUUUGGCCGUUGAGUGCGCCUUUGCGUGGUGGUACCUACCCGAGACGAAAGGGAAAGGUCUGGAAGAAAUCGGUGAAAUCUUUGAUGGUGAUGAGCUUUUGACGGGGACACGGGCUAUAACAAAGCACAUCAAGGAGCAAUACGAGGCUGAGACUGAGGCCGAGGGCCUGAGGGAGAGGAAAGCAGCGAUGUCUGCGCAGCAUUGUGAGGUUGCGACACCUUGA